AAACAUAUUUACAUAUUGCGUGUCAACAAAAGACGGCGACAGCACUUCAGAGCGACACAGAACAGAUCAGAUCGACACCACCUUUUAAGGUGUUUAAAAACACUCGUUUGAACUUCAACAUGAUGCGUGUGGGAGUGUUGCUGACCUUGGUGCUGAUAGCUGCUCUGGUGUGGCAGUCAGAGGCAAAACCCACAUCUCCCUCGUCGUGCUCCCGCCCUCCAUAUGGAAUGGGCGUCAAGACGACAAACUGUGAAAACAGAAUCCCGUACCGGGAGGGGGAGACCUGCAGAUUCAAGUGUCAGAACGGCUACAGACGGACUUCGGGUGAUACCAGCAGGACUUGUACCGACAAAUCCUGGUCGGGAAACAUGCUGAUUUGCGAGCAGUACGGAUGUGAGCGGCCAGGUAACCUUGGUGGCUUUUAUAGCAGAGUAGGGCGGACUGGAUGUGAGCCGCUAAAGCCCUUAUACGAUAACGGAGAGACCUGUACCUUCGCGUGCAAGGAUGGAUACGUUGCAGAGGCCGGAGACCCCAGCAUAACCUGUAAGAACGGUGGCUGGUCGGGGACACCGUUGACCUGCACCCCUGAGCUCCGUUGUAAAGACCCUCCUUCUUCUUCUACCGCCUAUAUCCGGGGUUGCCAGUCGCCGUAUGAAGAAGGGGAGACAUGCACGUUUGAGUGCAGGCCUGGGUUUGAGAGGUAUUACGGGAACGUUAACGCCAACAUCACCUGUACUCGCGGGUAUUGGAUAGGAGAGUCACUGAUCUGCCUCUAAUAAUUGGUCGACUCCAGACUGGCGUUGUCACCUUUGUCGGUCUAGGAAUAAAGACCACUACCUGAACAAGUUUCUCAACCUGAUCAGAUUCUGUGCACAAAACGUCGUGACGUCAUCACCUAUCGCUUUCUUAUAUUGUUAUUGGGUGUUAGAGUUCAGUUUAGUCGUAAUCAACUUAAGCGGUAAAUGUGUAACUUACUAAAACCAGUAUUCAACUUGUUGUAGUCUAACAUCCAGUAGGUACCCAAUCUUAUCAAUCAGGCUGUUGUAGUCGAUCAACUUAGCGGUAAAUGUGUAACUUUCGUAUGUACUAAAACCAGUAUUCAACUUGUUGUAUUCUAACAUCCAGUAGGUACCCAAUCUUAUCAAUCAGGCUGUUGUAGUCGAUCAACUUAAGCGGUAAAUGUGUGACUUUCGUAUGUACUAAUAAACCAUUAUUCAACCUGUUGUAGUCUAGUAGGUACCCAAUCUUAUCAAUCAGGCUGUUGUAAUAAUGUGUUGGAAGAAUAAGCUGAACCGUGAAGCCGCUAAUGAUCGAGAUUAUCAAUCCAUUAACCAAUAAAUCAAUAAUGAUGUUUAUUUUGUAAGGACAUGUAACAAGCAACAGCUUCACAGAGCAAUGUCUGAAUAUUGUACUGUUAUAUAUAACAAUGAUAAUCAGAAAUUAUAUUGUUUUUUAAUGUUGACAGGAGAAAUGCUUGUAUUCUCCCCUUUGUUCUGAGUGUGGUUUUAAUACAUUUAAACCAUCUAACUCCUGCAUGGAAAUUUGCACUGGAAAAAAGUUUUUUUUUGCGUUUAUUUCUGAACUUAAAUAUUAUAGACUGACAUUCUAGAUCGUACGACUGCUAGUCAAGCUGUAAACACGGAUCACCUCUGUAGUCAGCCGAAUAAAUCAAAUCAAAUCAAAUCACUACAGACAUACUAAUUUUAUACGUAUAUGUUUCAAAUUGCAUGUAAACUUUACGCCAGCAUGCAAUUUUACAUGUAACCGCAUUUCUUGCACACAUACGCCAUGGGUUCGGGACUUUUAAGUCUAGACCUUAACCCGGACAUCUGGAGCUGAAUCCGGACCAGGACCAGAAUUUAGGCACUGAGCACGACUGUGGCCACAUGCUGGCUAAUACCAGUUGAAAUAAGCAGUGAUAACGUAAUGUGCCGGCGGCAAACUGUUACAGUGACAUACUGUUAUAACAGUCUGACACAAGACGUUUUUCGGAAUCAGUUCUUACAAAAGACGCGUACGAUUUGAGAUAUCUGAGAUUUUAUUUUGUGCACAACAUUUCUAAGCUAUACAGUUGUCAUUUUUCACCAUCAUCUCAUUGAUUUCUUAGCCUGUAAUUCUUUUGUAUUGCCGCACACUAGUUGGCUUUGUCAUAACACCUCUCUAUGACUGAAACACUAGGCAUACUGUUACAGGUAAGGAAAUGACCAAAGCGAAGGGACACGGGCAUGAACCAUGAGCUUUCGCUCUUUGUAUACGUUUUUUUGCACCAUGUAUAUGUAAUGAAAAUGAGAUUUUUUAAAGACUCGAUGUAAUCUGUAUCUGUUAUAUUUUAUCUGACCCUUACCUCCUUCAUCAAUGUCCUCAUUGAAAAGUGGCAUGCAGGCCGAUUUGAGCUUCUCAUAAAUAAACAAAGCUUUAAAC